AUGGCGACGGUGACGACAGUCGUGUACAACGGCACGAGUUACAAUGUUACCAACAUGACGCUCUCGGAGGUGCAGGCGCGCGUGGCGGCGCUGAACUCGUCGGUGCAGAGCAUGCAGACGGAGGUGGAAAACGCCGUCAUGCUCACCGCCGAGAUCUGGCGCACCACGGCCGGCGUCUUCGUCUUCCUCAUGCAGGUGCGGUUUAGAG